GGAGCAGGGGUAUCUCUCUGACCUGUGUGUUGACACCCUGGCGUGUGAUGGGCGUUUGUGCAACAAUCAUGACCAUUGGCGCCAUAGGAGCUGCUGUCUGGGUCGUAGUUACAUACUGCACCAUGGAUGAGGACACAGGACUGUAUGAUGUUCAGGUAAAUUCGCCCGACCAACAUCUCAGAGUGUUCGACUCUGCUCAGAAGAGGUGGCGUCAGGUGUGUUCCUCUUCAGCCAACGAACUUCUUGCUAGCAUCAGUUGUGAGGAAGUUGGAUUUGUCAGUGUGGUGAAUUACUCUGUCACAUCAGUGCCAGAAGCCAGUGGUGACGUUGGAGACUUCUUCUGUGUCCGGCAGGAAGAGCUGAGCUAUGGAAAGAAAAUCAAAGACUCAUUGUACCCAUGUGCCUGUGAGAGUGGGGAGGUUCUUACAGUGUUAUGCCAAGACUGUGGCAGGCGAAGUUUUGCUGCAGACCGUAUAGUUGGGGGUGUGGAUGCAAGGCAGGGCAGCUGGCCCUGGCAGGUUAGCUUACAGUAUGAUGGCAUUCACCAGUGUGGAGGAUCCAUCAUCUCAGAUCGCUGGAUUGUUUCUGCCGCUCACUGCUUCCCAGAGCGCAACCGUUUUAUCAAUCGAUGGCGUGUGCUGCUGGGCUCCAUCUACAACAAACCUGUCAAUGCUAACGUGGUAGAAGUGAAGACCAUUGUUUACCACAGUAGCUACCUGCCCUUUGUAGACACCAACAUUGAUGACAACAGCAGAGACAUUGCAGUGCUCUCCCUCACACAACCGCUCACUUUCAACGAGUACAUCCAGCCUGUCUGCCUGCCAGCAUACGGACAACGACUGAUAGAUGGACAGAUAGGCACCGUGACGGGCUGGGGAAACGUUGGAUACUACGGCCAUCUUGCAGAUGUUCUCCAGGAAGCAAACGUCCCCAUCAUCAGUGAUAGCGUCUGUAAUGCUCCUGAUUACUAUGACAACCAGAUCACCACCAGCAUGUUCUGUGCGGGCUAUGAGAAAGGUGGCAUCGAUGCCUGCCAGGGGGACAGUGGGGGUCCUUUCGUGGCACCUGACUGCCUGUCUAAAAGCAGCCGCUACCGGCUGCUCGGGGUGGUGAGCUGGGGAACGGGCUGUGCCAUGGCCAAAAAACCAGGGGUCUACACAAGAGUUGCCAGGUUUCUGCCUUGGAUAUCCACAGCCAUGAGGAACUAUCACAACUCACCAGGUGUUCACAAAUUGGCUCGACCAUGAGAUUCCUGCAAUCAUCUUUCUGCUCUCUCUACUUUUGGAUGAGACCAGGAACAUUUUCCAUCGAUGAUACUGUGACCCUGUGACAGGGAAGUGAAAAACUGUGAACUUCCGCUUGGGUCAGGGCUUCAGACAUUUAUUUUGACUGAAACAUUCCCCACUUCCUGAGCCUUAAUGCAUCACCGAAGGUUUGUCAAUACGGUGUAGCAAACAUGUUAAACCAGUUGUUUUGUGCCGUUAUGAAGACAUAUGGAGGCAAGAAAUAUACCUAAUAUCAGAAUCACUAAACUGAAUUUUACUUUUGAAAACCAUGUUUAGUUUAUUUUUUUUCCAAUAUCUGUGAAGUAGACAUUGGACUUGAAGUAGAGAUAUCUGUUUUGGCAUUGGAGUUUAACCGCAAUAUACUGCACAUAUUAAGCUCGAUCAGUCUGAGCUAUUCUGGAAGGAAACUUGAUUUAAAAAAGGUUAUCUUUCUGGAGAUUUUAUCAACCCUUUAGAUGAGUCGCUGUCUUCAGUGCUGGACUUACUGCUGACAGUGCGUAUAGUAGACAUGCUAAGUCCACUUAAACACUAUAUAUAAGCUAACUCAAGCUGACAAAUCUAUGCAUACAAUCAGAAACCUAAAGAAAUCUAAAUGUUUAAUAUUAAUUGUUUUCUGAUGUUGCAGCACAGUGGAAAUGCCAGUUUUCUUUUCACUUGUACUUAUGUGAUAUGCACCUUCUCUUUUGUGUUUUAUAAUACAUUUUAUAAUAAAAUUUCCACACAACGUUCAGUAUGCCUUAUACUUUGUAGCGAAUUGCACAUACGGCGGAAAUUGAAGUUCAUGUUCCAGUGUUUAGUUGUUGAAAAUAAUAGUGGGUUACAUCCUUACUUUUUCACUUUUUGUCAUAAGUAUUUUAAUGGAACCUUAUACAAGCGAGAAAUACAGAGUACAACAACGUGAUUAAUUGACAUGAUGCUGCCUGUCAAUAUAUCUUGGAGGCUCGUCAGUAACUAACCAAUCAGCGAUCACAAUUUGUCCAAAGGUGAGAGGCCUCUUACCUGCAGGAGCCGCAGACUCUUCAGCUCCGGCAACAUUAUCGGGAUUUUACAUUACGAAUGCAUUGGGGUCAGAGGGAUUUUAUUAAAAAACAUCCAUAAGAAAUGGUUACAUGUUGACAGAGGGGAAAGUACAAUUCAGACAUGCGUUAUGCUGAUUGUUGGGGUGGAAUAAAGUUUAUUCCUUUCCCAAAACCUAAAAGGAGUCUAGAAAAAUUUAAACAAUGUAAAAGACAACAGUGAUCAAGGAGAAACUAACACAUGUUCAUCUGUACAAAGAUAACUCAAUUUUUGUUCAUUAUUGCAUUGUAUGCUGAGUGGUUAAAUUAAAGGGUAAUGCUUGA